AUGUUCUCAAGACAAGCAACCCAAAAUGCGCGCUUCGCCGCCCGCUGCGCAGGCCGCCCGGCUGCACGUGCAGCAAACCCCGGAUUCCGCGCUCAACAGGCCCGAUUCCAAUCAACAGGCCCAGCCUCCACUAGCAACGCUGGCGCUGGAACACACGCAGCAGUCGGUGCCGUCUCUGGUGCUGCGGCCGCCGUUGUUGUUGGCUACAUUGCAUACAGGCAGUCUGGUGUCCGCGAUGUCGUUUCCGCCGCUCAGACUACGAAGAGCUACGUUAACAGCGCCACGGCAAAAAUCAAGGAGCAGACACCUGAGCCGAAUGAAGCCCUCGCGUGGCUGCGCAAUGCCGCCCAGAGCUACGCUGCCUUCAUCCCUGGCGCGAAGGGCUACGUUGACUCGGCCUUUGACGACCUUGACGCCAUUCGCGCAAAGCACGGCGAUGAGGUCGACAAGAUUGUCCGCGAGGCCUAUGAUGAGAUGCGGGAAAUUCUCGACAAGGGCGACAUGAGCCUGGUCACCGCACACAAGACCUGGGAUGUCAUUACCAAGCAUAUGAGCCGCAUUGGGGAGCUUGCAGGCGAUGCUUCGCAACAAAUCAUGGACAAUCACCCCCAGCUCAAGGAGAAGGUUGGCGGCAACAUCGAUAAACUGAAGGAGUACGGUGACAAAUACGGUCCCGAGGCCAAGAAGGAGGUUGACAGGACAUGGAAGCAGAUCAAUGAUGUCGUCAAAACUGGCCUAAGCGCAUCCAACAUUGAGAAGAUCAAGAGCAUUGUACAAGAGAAGGUCGACAAGCUCAAGAAGCUUGGUGAUGAGGCAUGGGACAAGGGUAUGGAGCAGGCCAAGCCCUACCUCGACAAGAACCCCCAGGUCAAGAAGCUUGUUGAAGAGAACGCCGAUGCGCUCAAGGGCGGUAACGUCCAGCAGCUCUAUGAACGUGUCAAGUCUGCCGUCGAGAAAGGUGAUACCGGCGAUCUGGAAUCUUACAUCAAAAGCGCCACAAACAAGGCCAAAGAGGCUGGUUUCGGUGACUACGAGCAGUACAUCAAGAAGAUUCCCGGCGCCGACCAGAUCAUGCCCAAGUUGAGCCAACUCCAGGAGGCUGCGCAGAAGCAUGGCGACGAGGCACAAAACAUCCUGAAGAGCACUGUCUCUGAGAUAACAGAGAUUCUCAAGAAGAGGAGCGACGAGGCGGCCAAGCUUGCGCAGAAGGCGAAGGAGGAUUCCAAGAAAUAG